CAGGUGGACGACGCCCACCCCGACCGUGGCAGAGGAGGAGUACCGCGUCCGGUGGGAGGGCCACGGCAACCACCUGGCACAGCACCUGGCACGCCUCGAGCAGGACCCCGCCUCGGCCGACGCCACACUGGCCACCAAGGGCGCCUCCUUCCCCGCCCACAGGAUCGUGCUCGCCGCCGCCAGCUCCUUCUUCCGAUCCGUGUUGCAGAACGUCCCAGUCGGCCAACAUCCGGUUGUGGUUGUUCGCGGCGCACAACCCCGCCACCUCCGCUACAUCCUCUCCUUCUGCUACACCGGCUGCGUCGACGUGCCCACUCAGGAGCUGCAGGAGGUGGUGAAGCUGGCCGAGGACCUGGACAUCACCUCCCUGCGCGUGGACGGCUCCCCAGCGCCCUCCUCGCCGGCCGCCGCUCGCCAGACCGCGGCGCCGUCUUACCGGUCGCGGUUCUUCCGGUCUGAGCCCAAGAGGUUCACCUUCACGCCCCCGGCCAGCUCGUCCUCGCCCCCGACGCCCACGCAGGUCGAGGGCUCGCCGGGGCACAAGAGGUCCACCGCCUCGCCCGCGCUCGCUGAGGAACAGGUGAGCAAGCGCUUCAAGGGCGAGCCUCUGCCCUCCUCCCUCGAGAGCGACCUGGCUGCCUUCCCCCCGCGGUGCACGCCCCCGGCCUCCGCCCCGCCCCAGCCGCGCCCCCAUGGCAGUCCCUUCUUCUCCGGCGACCCCCCAAGCCCGCCCCGGUCCGCGCCGCCCCUGGGGGAGGACCUGGCGCCGAGUGACCUCUCGCUCGACAAGGAGGGCGCCGGCGGGCUGAGCCUGGUGCCGCCCUCGCGCCUCCUGCACCCCACGACCUCGGCCUCCAACCCGGCCUCUCCCAAGGGCGACCUCCCGGCGUCGCCCACCCUCCACGACAAACGGCGCUUCACCUCCUCGCUCUCCAGGUCGUCGCUGCACGAGCCGCUCACGCCCUCCACGCCCUCCACGCCCACCACGCCCAACCUCCCCGCCCUCGGCACGGACUCCGUGGGCGGCACCAGCUCGGGCAGGGGCGGCGUGUCCCCCAGCCCCGGGUCGCGCGUCCUGCUGUGGCGGUUCCUGCUCGACCUCCUGCACAACCCGCGCUACUCGCCCAUCUACAUCCGCUGGCUCGACCGCCCCGCCGGCAUCUUCAGAAUCAUGGAGUCUGACAUGGUAGCCCAGCUGUGGGGGAUGGCCAGGAAGAACAACAACAUGAACUAUGAGAAGAUGUCGAGGGGCAUGAGGACUUACUACAA